AUGCAGUCAUCGGGACGUGCUGGCGGCGACGUGGACCGCGCUUUGAGCAGUAUUCGGGCGCGUGCCGACCACUUACGCCAUACCGUCUCUCGUCUCGAGCACAACUUGGCAUGGAAUCCGGCUAGCACCUGGCCGGAGCUGCUAAGUCAGUACAUGGUGAUCGCCAAGCAGCUGGAGAACAUGAACGACGAGAUCCCAGACCUGGUGCAGCACUUUGCGUGCGUGCCGAGGAUGUCGACACCUAAUUCUGCGGACAUUCCGCUGUUGCUGAGAACUCGGGAGGAUCCGGAGAUGGAGGAGGCAGAGCGACAGCUGCUCGUCGGCAAAGCUCGAGACAUAAACACGGAGGCUCUGCAGAAAAUGGUGGCAGCUCACAACGACGCGGUCGAGGGCUUGGAAGAGACAUUCAACGAUAUGUCGGACGGACUGCUCAAGGCCAUCCGUGUGAACAAGUACGUGGUCAAGUCCAAGCCGCAGAGCACGCAGAGCCAGCAGUUCAAAUACAUUGAGUCUGGAUCGUACGAGUAG